UCUAAACAUUUCUUCAUUACCACGUGAAGGCACAUUUUGAAACGUAAAGCGGAUUGAUUGUUUUGUGCCAUUAUAAAUAAUUAUUAAAAUUGAACAAUGGUGGAAACAAAAUCUAUAGAUUUAAUAGGAACAAUCGAAGAAGAUGCCGAGGUAGAAAAUUUUUCUGAUGACUCGGAUGCUGAAGUGGAGUAUCAACCAACUAAGCAACGUCACAAGAAAGAGACUGACUUUGAUAAAGGUUUUGAGUUUGUGUCUUCCGUUAAGGAAUACAAUCAAGACACCUGGGAUGAUUUAAUGAAAUAUGUUAAACGUAAGGCAAGAACAAAAACAGAUGACAAAAUUGCUGAACGCUUGAAAAGUCGUGGUACUAAUGGACAACAAAGUGAAGAGGAGAGCGAUGACGAGAUACACGUAUCAGAUGACGAAUUGAAGCAUGAUAACUUACGUUUACGUGAAAAGAAACAAAUUAAAAAGAAGAAGAAGAAGACUGGAAGCGAUGUUGACGAAGAAGAUGAGGGUGAAAAAAUGCAAUUUGAAGAGAGCAUUGAUAACAAUGAAACCAUUACUUCAUUCUAUCAAAUGAAUUUAUCACGACCAUUAAUGCGUGCAAUAGGUGUACUUGGCUAUAUUUAUCCUACACCUAUACAAGCUUCCACAAUACCAAUUGCAUUACUCGGACGAGAUAUAUGUGGUUGCGCUGCAACAGGUACGGGUAAAACAGCGGCUUAUAUGCUACCAACACUUGAACGUUUACUCUAUCGUCCAAUGAAUAAUAAAACGAUAACACGUGUGCUUGUGCUUGUACCCACGCGUGAAUUGGGUGCACAAGUCUACCAAGUUACGAAGCAAUUAUGCCAAUUUACUACCAUUGAUGUCGGUUUAGCUAUUGGUGGUUUAGAUGUAAAAGCACAAGAAAUUAUAUUACGUCAAAAUCCUGAUAUAGUCAUUGCUACACCUGGUCGUUUGAUUGAUCAUAUUAAGAAUACGCCAAGUUUUAGUUUGGAUUCAAUUGAGGUGCUUAUACUUGAUGAAGCUGAUCGUAUGUUGGAUGAAUAUUUUGCUGAACAAAUGAAAGAAAUUAUAAAUUCUUGUUCUAAGACACGUCAAACAAUGCUUUUCUCUGCCACAAUGAGUGAACAGGUUAAAGAUCUUGCAGCUGUGUCUCUCGUUAAACCAGUUAAGGUUUUCGUAAACAAUAACCAGCAAGUUGCAUUCAACUUGCGCCAGGAAUUUAUACGCAUUAGAGAAGAUAAAGAAGGUGAUCGCGAACCAAUAUUGGCAAGUUUAAUAUGUCGUACCUUUCACGAUCACUGCAUGAUCUUUGUGCAAACAAAGAAACAAGCACAUCGGUUGCAUAUAUUACUCGGCCUACUGGGAAUACGUGCUGGUGAACUACAUGGUAAUCUGACACAACAACAGCGUUUGGAAUCACUAAAAAAGUUUAAAGAUGAGCAAAUAGAUGUGCUGAUUGCUACGGAUGUCGCUGCGCGUGGUUUAGAUAUUGUGGGUGUAAAAACAGUUAUUAACUUUGUAAUGCCUAUAACCACCGAACAUUAUAUACAUCGUGUGGGUCGUACAGCACGUGCUGGACGUGCUGGUAUAUCGGUGUCGUUAGCUGGUGAAAAGGAACGUAAAAUUGUAAAGGAUAUUAUUAAAAAUGCAGAAAAUUCUGUUAAGAAUAGAAUAAUUCCACCAGAAAUAAUUGAGAAGUAUCGCAGAAAACUUACAGAACUAGAGCCAGAGAUACAGAAUAUACUUGAUGAAGAGCAAGCUGAACGUCAAAUUGCAAAAAUGGAGCAGCAACUUUCAAAAACAGAACGAAAGUUAAUGGGCGAUAAACCAGAAUUCCGUCAGUGGUUCCAAACCAGAAAGCAAAGGGAAGAAGAAAAGGCACGUUUAGCGCUUGAAGAGCAAUCGGCGAAAAAGAUAACUGAAAAAGGUACUAAAGGUGGAAAAAGAAAACGUGCAGAAUAUGGUGGAGAUGGUGAAGAUGGUCCACCAGUGAAAGAACUCAAUGCAAAAAAGAAAAAGAAAGAGGAGCCUAGAAAAAAAACACCCGAACAGUUGGCAAAAGAAAGAGCUAUGAGAGAAAUUGAAAAAGUUUCAUUGGUUCGUGCCAAAUUAGCGAAAAUACGUACACGGCCCGGAAAAUUGAGUUCAGUUGUCGAAACUCCCACAUUCUCACAAAAGUCUAGAAAUAAAAAUAAAGCACGUGGUGGUCAGUCAGCAUUCACAAAUGAUUUAACAGACGUGAGUCGUAGUGGUGCACUACGUUUAAGGUCUGAGGCAAAUCGUCAUAAGAAGAUGUCGAAGGUUAAAUCGAAAAAGAAGACCAGUUCAGUAAAAUUAACAAAUAAAGCAGGAGGAAAUAAGUUCAAUAAAGGCAAAAACUUUGGUGGUCCCCGUUUUACCAAAAAAAAAUAAAAACAAUAAAAUAGUUAACUUUUUGCGAAUUUGUAAAGAAAAGAGUCGUAUUUUGGUUAAAUAUUUG